AGCUUCUUCGUCUCUGGAAAUUGGAAUUGGCAGAAGGAAAGAAAGCAAAAAGCAGAAGCCAUGGAUGCAAAUGUGAAGCGGAAGCAAGCUAUAGUAUCCUCUCUGUGCAAACACUUGUCCCUCGAUCCUAAAGCAUUUUUGGGUGACGUUGCGGAGACUGAUUUUAAGGCUCUCUGGUCACAAAUUAUCAAUUCAUCAGCAAGUCAAUCACCCAAAAACAAUGACCAGGUUAUGAAGUGGAUUGCUUUUGCGGAGAGUUUUCCUACAGAUUCUAAGGCAUGCUUGGGUAGUCUGAAUGAGUUAAAUGCUGAUUUGGGUCACAAGUCUGUAAUUUUGGGCUGUGGAUUCACACCCUCUGAAGCUGAUGUUACUGUGUUUUCAGCGCUACAUCCUUCCGUGGUUGGCCUUUCAAUUUCUGACAAGGAAAAAUUCCCACAUCUUAUGCGAUGGAUGGAUUACAUCCAGAACAAGGAAGGUCUUGAUGAAUUCUUUGAAAAGAUAUUAUUGGAGAAGCCUGAUUUUGAGCCUCAGUUGCAGGGAGCAAAAAGCACAGCUAAGCAAGAAGUAGAUCCAAAUGUGAAAAAUACGACCAAAAGCACUAAAAGUGCUGACAAAUCGGAAGCAGACCCGAAUAUAAAGAAAAGUGAUGCUGGGAAAAAGGCCAUUGGAGACAAGGAAGCAGUUCAGGAUAAGAAGAAACUGCCUGUAACAGAAGCAGUUGAUAAAGAUAAGGAAGUUAGUGUUAGUUUACUAAAUAUACAGGUUGGUCUCAUUCGCAAAGCAUGGAAACAUCCAUCUGCUGAUAGUUUACUGGUUGAGGAGAUAGAUGUUGGAGAGGCUAAAUUGCGUCAGGUUGUUAGUGGUUUGGCAAAAUAUUGCAGUCCAGAUCAGUUAACGAACCGCCGCGUUGUGCUCAUUACAAACGUUAAACCUGGAAAGCUACGAGAUGUCAUGUCAGAGGGACUGGUGCUUUGUGCUUCUAAUGAGGAUCAUUCUGUUGUUGAGCCUUUACUCCCCCCAGAAGGGACAAAACUUGGGGAGCACAUUUCAUUUUCUGGGAUUGAUGGAAGACCAGAAGAUAUCCUGAAUCCAAAAAAGAAGCAGUUAGAGAAAAUAACUCCGCAUCUCUUCACUGAUGACAAGGGUGUGGCAACGUUCAAGGGAAUUCCAUUUAUGACUUCAGCUGGGCCUUGUACAUCGUCCAUUCCCAGAGCAAGCAUCAAAUAAUGACAACAAUAUAUCAAACCAUAUAGAUGGGUGUUACUAGUUGUGGUCAGGGUUCUCAGCUCUAGCUUUUACUUGCUGAAAUGUCAACAGUAUGAAAUGCAAUGUGUCAUGUUAAUUGAUCAAAAUGGUGUUGCUGUUACUUCAUUUGAUUUGAAUUUUGAUACGACUUGAACUUACGCUAACAGCAGAAUCUCGACUGUCAAGAAAUUUUUUGUGAUCAAAUCUGGUUGUCUAUCUAUGGUUCUCCUGAGUAUU